CAGUUGGGCCGGGCGGGCCCGUGGGGGACGAUGGCGGCCACGUUCUUCGGAGAGGUGGUGAAGGCGCCGUGCCGAGCCGGGACGGAGGACGAAGACGAGGAAGAGGACAGGAGGGAGACGCCGGAGGACAGGGAGGUCCGGCGGCAGCUGGCGCGGAAGAGGGAGGUGCGGCUCCUUCGAAGACAAACAAAAACAUCUUUGGAAGUUUCUCUCCUAGAAAAAUACCCUUGUUCCAAGUUUAUCAUUGCUAUAGGAAAUAAUGCAGUUGCAUUUUUGUCAUCAUUUGUUAUGAAUUCAGGAGUCUGGGAAGAAGUCGGUUGUGCCAAACUGUGGAACGAAUGGUGUAGGACAACAGACACUCUCCAUCUGUCCCCCACAGACGCUUUCUGUGUGUUUUACCAUCUAAAAUUGAAUCCGUCGGUUCUCCUUUGUCAGUGCAGUUGCUACAUUGCUGAAGAUCAACAGUACCAGUGGCUGGAAAAGGUUUUUGGCUCUUGUACAAGGAAGAACAUGCAGAUAACCAUUCUCACCUGUCGCCACGUCACUGACUAUAAGACUCCAGAAUCUACUUGCAGCCUCUCUUCUCCCUUCCUGAAAGCCCUUAAAACAGAGAAUUUCAAAGACACUGUGUGCUGUUCUCUUCUGGAACAACCAAACAUCGUGCAUGAUCUUCCUGCAGCAGUUCUGAGUUACUGUCAAGUGUGGAAAAUUCCAGCAAUUCUAUACUUGUGUUAUACUGAUGUAAUGAAAUUAGACCCAAUUACAGUUGAAGCUUUUAAGCCUAUACUUUCUUCCAGAAGCUUGAAAGGUUUGGUUAAGAAUAUUCCCCAAAGCACAGAGCUACUGAAGAAAUUGACGACAACAAAUGAGAUUCAGAGUAACAUUUACACCUGAUCCCAAAGGUGGUUUUGUAAUAUGUAUCACCCCUCCGUUCCUUGAAGGGGAGCACCUUGCACUGUCCUUUAGGUUAUUUGGGGGGGGGGGGGGGUUGGAUGGUGAUAAAAAACAAACU